GAGGCGGUAAUGUCCCAAAAGACAGCCAAUACAACUCGAGAAGAAAAAAAGGGAUCGCGUUGGAUGAUCUCAGAUCAGCUCCUAAACUACAAUUAUCCCUGUGUGCACGUCAUCAGUCCAUGAACUCGUGUGUGCCUUGCAUUUAAAGCAAAAGGUGGGAAUGGAAAACCAUUUUUACAUUGUUAUCGUCUAUGCAUUGAUGUCUUUGCACCUAUUGUUAGUCCAAGGAGCCAGACAGGGUCAAGACAUAAAAUGUGGAGCAUGCAGGGCAUUAGUGGAUGAAAUGGAGUGGGCCAUAUCUCAAAUAGACCCCAAGAAAAUGAUCCAGACCGGAUCAUUUAGGAUUAAUCCUGAUGGCACUCAGUCAGUUAGAGAGGUUCCCUUUUCCCGCUCUGAGAGUCAUCUGCUGGAGCUGAUGGAAGAGGUUUGUGAGAAGAUGAAAGAUUACGGUGAGCGUGUUGACCCUGUCACCAACCGGAAGACAUACGUGAGACAUACGUCCCGUGAUGGCACUGCCAUGGACCUUUCUGAUCUGGCCUUCGACUCCAGAGUCAGCUCUAGUUUAAAGUUUGCUUGUGAAACGAUCGUUGAGCAGCAUGAGGAUGAACUCAUUGAGUUCUUUGAUCACGAGACAGACAAUGUUAAAGACAAGCUCUGCAGUAAGAGGACAGAUCUGUGUGACCAUGCUCUGAAGAUACCUCAUGAUGAGUUAUAACAUCAGCCGAACACCUCGUGACCGCUUUACCUUUGGAAAACCAUGCCUUCACCUGUUCUGCUUCAGUAAACAGACUGGUUCUUCUUCCUUGAGGAUGCUGAACACACAGAGUGAUGUUAGGCAACACAUUACAUCGUGUACUUGACCCUAUGGGUUACCUGUUGAUAUGUUCAACUCUUAUUAAUGGCGUUACCAUCAAAACUCUCCAUUGUCAUUCAGUUUAAAAUUAAAGCUGACUUGCUACAGCUAAACAUUAGAUCUCUUUAUGAAUCUCUCCGAUGGCAGACUUUUAUAUUAAAAUGUCUUUGGAUGCACUUAGUUUUUAGUUUAGAAGAUUUCGGUGUAUUUAUUAUAAGCACAGAUAAGAGCACCUCUGUAGUUCCUGGUUCUAGUGAUAAUAAUAAUAAUAUUGCUAAUCUUAACAAAUGUUUUUGAUUGUGAUUUGAAUUGAAGCGAGUCCAGUAGACGGAUUUGUAGAGGAAGAGUGUUUCAAAGACGUCCCAUGCAUAUUUACAUCUACAUAUUUCAUAUUUUCCAAAAAUUUGGGGGUUUUUAGCAUUAUGUGUAGUGCAAACCUGGAAUUUGAGCUCAGUUUUACUUUUUUUUUUUUGUGCUAUUUGUUAAAACUUCAAGCAAUAGGAUGUACAAUGCAAAAUGAGUCUGACCUAAAGAAAAGUACAUCUGUAAUUGCUAUUUUUGUAAAAAUAAAACAUAAAAUUGUCUGAGGAUGUCUUUUACAAUGUAUUUUGUAGUCAUUUAUGGAUGAGCGUCUUCUUUUACAUGUGAAUUUUUUUUAACUAUUGUUUUGUUAAGAAAGAGGCUUGUUGUAUUUGUACUUGUCAAAGUCAAAUUGAGCAUCAGGAAAGACACAGCCGAGAUUAUUUAAUAAACUGCUCAUUUAUCAUAA